AUGGUUCGAGAUUCGUUUGUGGCUUAUAUGGAUCAUAGGACCGAACGUAUCCGCUUGGUUUUAUUAAUGGAUAAAGAUUUCAAGGUGGCUGCAGGUGGAAAAGAGGCUGAUGGCAUACCGACGGGACUAAUAAUCUUCAACACUCAACAUGAGUUGCACCUCAAGUGCCGGCGCAUUGAAGACACUGCUCGUUGGAAGGCUAUCAUUGAAGAGGCUAUGAAUGGAAUAGGAAACAUUUGGAUUCAGCCACACCGAUUCAGUUCCUCUUUCCCUAUUCGAGAAAAAUCAUACGGAAAGUGGUUUGUUGAUGCUCGCUCCUACAUGUCGCAUGCUGCCGACAUGAUGGAACUUGCCAGGGAAGAAAUUUUCAUCGCCGGAUGGUGGCUGAGUCCAGAAAUCUAUAUGAAGAGGCCAGCCUUGGAAGGAAACUACUGGCGUCUAGAUCAAAUUCUCAAGAGGAAAGCGAGUCAGGGCGUACACAUUUUCAUUCUGAUGUACAAAGAGAUGGAAAUGGCACUGGGCUUGAACAGCAUGUAUAGCAAGCGCACAUUGCAAGCUCUCCAUCCUAACAUUAAGGUAAUGCGUCAUCCUGAUCAUUAUCCAGCUACCGGCACUUUCUUCUGGGCCCAUCAUGAGAAGCUAGUUGUCAUUGACCAACUUAUUGCGUUUGUUGGCGGAGUUGAUCUCUGUUUUGGUCGCUGGGAUGACCAUCACCAUCUUCUCACUGAUCUCGGAUCGGUGCAGUUUGGUCAGCAACAUCUUAUCACGAAAGACUUCAACAUGGCUUCCGGUUUGAGGACGUUGGUGAGCGCUCCACUCACUCUUUCACCACUCGGCUUAGAAGAAAAAGAGGAGGUGGACUCCGGCAGUAAAGCUGAAUCUCCUGAAAAGGCUGAAGGUAUGAUUUAG